AUGCUACCUAUUCGUGAUCCAGGUGAAAUCAAUGUGAACGUUCAUCCUACUGAUAGAACGGAUUACAGCUUUCGGAAUGUGUCUAUAGCAGUGGAACCAGUAGCGGUACCAGCUCCAACUGACCACGAUUUACCGCCCGUGAUGGCUGUAGCAAAAUAUGGCGCAUUGUUUCCACAUGUUGCACAACGUGGUAAAGAUCUUCUGCAUAUAUUAGUUCAUGGAGCUGCUAAUUUACCUAUGAUCGAUGGUCGUCAACCACGAUGUUACGUGACCGCACAAAGUCGAUCAACGAUGGCCACACAGGAUAUUGGGGAAACGAUUAAUGCUACGAAUGUUGUCGAAGGCGUUUCACCCCAUUGGAACGAAAUGAUCUAUGCUGACAUAUCAGAAGACUCAAAUCAUACUGAAGAGGUUAUCAUACUGAUUAUUGACGAGCCACGCCAAAGAACCAUCGCUGAACAUCGUUUUCCGUGGCGUUGGCUGGAACCAUUCUAUCAAUAUCAUCUUAAUCUGCAACAUACAUUGAAACAAACUGCUCAAACCACUAGUCUAUUUGUGUCUCUAAUGCGUAAACAAAGUUCAUUAUCAAAAGAAGAUAUACGAUAUUUCGGCUUGGAAGUUUUACUCAAUCGAUUCGAAGCAAUAUUAACCAAAUCUGAAGUUCUCUAUGCUGUUGGAAGGAUUGUGCCUGACUAUGAAACGUACAAACAUGAUUUCCUAAAGAAUCCAGAUAAUCCACAGUUGGGCGUCAAUUUUCGAAGAGUCACUUUGCCAUCUGCACAAGAUUUUAAUGUUGCGAAUUAUUCAUAUGCCGGUUAUCCUCAAGUAUCAUUAGCGUGUAAAGAAUCAAAAUUGCCAACAUGGAUGCAUAAUUAUUUGUUUUCCCAUGAACAAGAAAAAGAUAAUAUGUUUUCGAAUCAUGCUGCACUUGUCAUCGAAUUCUAUGGUUUUCGAACCAUUUCCAAUAAUCCAAACUGGUCAAUCCGAGGAUUGGUUGGAUGGGUAGGAAUUCGUUUAGAUACGCGAGCAUAUGAUGCACUUACAACUUCCGCUUCAUUAGAAGGAAUGCGAACAGAUGGUUUGCUGGUCGAGAGUGACGGCGAACUCACUCCUGAGUCUGCUAAGUAUCUAACAGCUGAAGUGCUGCUUCGUCUUGUCUCAGAGAGACAUCCGGGAAAGAAUCUUGUCGCAUAUACAGGUAGUAAUUUACCCAUCCUGCCAUCAUAUUAUGUUGAAGGUAUUCGACAUGGUGGUGCUCCACCUGUCUAUAUGCAAGUGACUGUACCUGAUAGAGCCAUUUUACCACAAACAAUGCCUCAACAAGUAGUGCCACAAGGUGUGCCGACAAUCUCGCCGGUAGUUCCACAAACAAUGCUUGCUCCUCAAAUGUAUCAUCCAACUCAUAUUGAAGUUCUGCCAUCGAUGCAACUUAUUGACAAAGGAGAAGGUGGUCGUUUUCAUGUGCCACGCAUCAACAUCUACGAUAUGAACGAUAUCCCAACCGAAUAUCGUGCGAUGAUCCCAACCAAUUAUCCUCCACGUCGUGAUGACGAUGUUGAUGGCUGGUUCGAUUAUUUUCAACGUGAAGUUGCGAAUUAUCAACAAGCUAUUCGACGUGUUAUUCAAGAUGUAACACAGCUACGACAACAGUUAGGACUGAUUAACGCAGCGAAUCAAGAUUUAAAAAUGCGAAUCGAAAAUUUUGAUAAAAAGAAAAAAGUUUUGUAUGAAAUUUUCGAAGGGGAUAAGUUGGACAAAGAGAAAAUACGAGAUAUCUUUAAUCGUUUAUCAGCGAAAAUAUCUGCGCAACAGCUUGAAUUAAAGGAGAAUUAUGGUAAAAUUAGUAGUUACGAAAAAGAAAUCGCUCGAAAAGGCGAAUUACGUGAUCAAUAUGAGGUCUUAGUGAAAACCAUGCAAGCACGUGAAAUUGAAUUACGAUUGAUGAGGGAACGAUUAGGUAAAGCUGAUGGACUCGAAGAAACGGUUCGACAUCAAGAAAUUGUCAUCGAAAAAUUGGAAUCAAUGAUUACCAAUUAUAUGAAUCAAAGACGUGCAAGAGGUCUACUGAAUGAUACCGAUAAGCUUUUCUUGACAGAACAUGCAACGAUUAGUUCAGAGAAUAGGCAAUAUCGCACUGACGAUCAGGCACGAAUCAUUGAGCGUCAAGUAGUAGUCGAACGGCCAGUCGUAGUCGAACGGCCUGUCGUAGUCGAGAGGCCUGUAGUAGAAACUCGUGUGAUAGUUGACGAUAAGACUCAAUCUAAUGACCAGUCUUUGCAUACACAUGGUCAUCAUCAUCACGUUCAUGAUCACCGAUGCCCAAUUCACAAAGACCGUAAAGUUGGUACUGUCGCAGGAAAAAAAACAACUGAAGUCACAACAACAACAACAACACAAGUUGACGAUGCCAGACGACGAGAAGAACUUGCUCGACAACGAGAUGAAGCCACUCGACAGCGCGAAGCUUUGCUAAAACAACGCGAGGAUCUUGUUCGACAAAACUUAACUUAUCAACAAGAGCUGGCUAAUCUCAAGGCUCGAUUUCAAGAAAAUGCAGCUGCAUGGGGUAGAGAAAAGGCUGAGCUCAUUUCGAAAAUCAAUGAUAUCGAUCAACCUUAA